AUGGUUUCUUUCCCUGACAAUCGAUUUCAACUCCGAGACCAUGGAAUAACUGGAAACCUUGGUUUAAACAAUACAGAACUUUCUUAUAGCCCAGAGAUCCAAAAUAAUGCGGUACACGGGAAUGUUACUAACGGCUUUGUCCCUGGUACGAUGCCAUACAGUUAUAACUUGGAAUUGCCGCUUGAAUAUACGCCUGAAAACGUAAUAGAUGGUGAAGAAACGGUGAAGGCUAGUCCAUAUUCCUUUCACCAAGUUGAUCAAGCAUAUAACAACGAUGGAAUUUUUGACUACAAUCCUCCUUGGAAUCCGCUCCUAGCAUCGAAUUCAGAGCAUCAGUCUAAUCUCCUAAGUGCAUGCACCUUUAUCAGCGCUCCAAAUUUAGAAAAUGAUUUUGAUCACCAGUACUUUUCGCAUUUGGGAGGGCAAUUCACUGAGGACACCGCUAGUUCAAAGGAAUGCUCCAUAUCUUCUCCGGUAUUGAAAUACAGGUUAUCAACAAGGCCAGACUUAAUGUAA